AUGAAGAGAGUGGAGAAGCGGACCAGAAGCAUUUCAUCCAGUACUGACCCCUCUGGGCAGCAGAACGGGAGCUCUCCCAUCCAUGGAAACAUGAGCUCCACAGCACUAACCGUCUUGUCUUCAGUAACAAAAGGAGAACACAGCAGAGUGUCAGCAGCCAAGAAGUUAAGGAAAUGGAGUAUCAAGUUAUUUGAGAUCCAGCCUCUGAGGAACACAAGGACAUCAGACACCAAUUCUGCUGUAUAUGUGCCCUUGCGGGACCUGCUCAGGUCAGCGGCAGCCGGGAAGGUCCCUGGUUUCCUGCACGAGCCGGUGGCAGGCGGGGGUGGGGGCCCCGUAGACGGCGAGAGCGCCCCUCUCAUGGAGCUGGUCCGCAGAGGGCAGGGAGCCCUGGGGAGACCUGCCCAGACUGUGCUCCCGGCCUCCCUCACCCGCUCCCCCACCCAGGUGCUCCCGGCCUCCCUCACCCGGUCCUCCACCCAGGUGCUCCCGGCCGGGCCAGCAAGGCCUGGCGUUGGGCCUGUCGUGGGGAGCCCAGAAGCAAUCCUCAGAGGCUUAGAGUUGAGGGGAGACUCAGCCCUGCUCUCUCCUGUGAAAGGAGCAGGGCGGAUCGGGGAGCGUGAGGCUGGUCACCCCACCCUUCCCCCAGCUGGACAGACAGAAGGUUGA